AUGUCAGAAACUUCCUCCCACGACUCCUUCUACGAUUCCCUAUCAGACAUGCAAGAAGAAAGCAAGAGUGCUGACUUCUUCCCGGGACUCUCUGCUUUUCUCAGCCAGGAAGAGAUAAACAAGAGCCUUGACCUCGCCCGUAGGGCAAUAGUCAACUCUGAGACUGAAGAUGUGGACUCGGAAAAGGAGAUCUUGGAGAUUUUCAACACCUCUCCUGAGAGUGUCUGUGACAAGCCCACCUGCCAGGAGCCCACAACUGGCGAGCCAGCAUCUGCAGAGGCAGAGCAGGACCACAGGCCGAGACCUGGGCAGCCUCUGCCCCAAGAACAAACAGCGAGUAGCUCUCCACCGCUGUGCAAGAGGAACCCUGCCCUGUCCCCACUGCUCGCCAGCCCCAGUUAUAUCCGGAGCCUCCGAAAGUCUGACAAGCACAAUGCCAAAGCAACCCAAGUGGGUCAGGCCUUUCUAGGCAAAGCUGGCUCCCAGAGCCAGCUGUGUGAUAGGGCAGCAAAUUUCAUUGACGAGUUGACAUCUAUAUUCAGAGAAGCAGCCAAGCCAAGAAACAGAAGCCCCAAUGGGGAGUCCUCAUCCCCGGACAGUGGGUACCUGUCUCCCAGAAACCAGUCCUCAGCCCUAAGGAAUGCCUCGGCCAGCCAGAGCCCCACCCAAGACCCGCAGGAGAUGGAAGCAGAGGCCAAAGCAGCUGAAACCACUCACAGCUACCAGGCCACGCAGGUCCCAGCAGGGCCAGUUCCGGGCGUUUCACUCUCACAGUCCCAAAUGCAGCCCCUCCAAGUCCCAUCAGCUCCGAGGUUCAUCCAGAAGCUGAGAAGCCAAGAAGUGGAGGAAGGAAAUCAAGUCUACUUGGAGUGUAGAGUCACUGGCAGCCCAGCACCCCGAGUCAGAUGGUUCUGUGAAGGAAACGAGCUAUAUAACAGUCCGGAUGUUCAAAUCCAUGCAGAGGGCGGGGUGCACACCCUGACCAUAGCAGAGGCCUUUGAGGACGACACAGGACGCUACACCUGUCUAGCUACGAACCCCAGCGGCUCUGACACGACCUCUGCAGAGGUGUUCAUUGAAGGUGCCAGUUCAACAGACUCAGAAAGCGAAAGUUCAGUUUUCAAAUCAAAACCUGGAGCUAUGCCACAGGCUCAAAAGAAAACAACUUCUGUUUCCUUGACUAUAGGAUCAUCAUCUCCAAAGAGCGGAAUAACCACAGCGGUAAUUCAACCGUUAUCUGUCCCUGUUCAACAGGUUCACAGUCCAACUUCGUAUCUCUGCAGACCUGAUGGAACCACUUCUGCCUUCUUUCCUCCUAUUUUUACAAAGGAACUGCAGAACAUAGCAGCAUCAGAGGGGCAAGUGGUGGUUCUGGAAUGUCGGGUUCGAGGAGCUCCCCCUUUGCAAGUCCAGUGGUUCCGACAAGGCAGUGAAAUCCAAGACUCUCCAGAUUUCCGAAUCCUACAGAAAAAACCUAGAUCUACAGCUGAACCUGAGGAAAUCUGUACCCUGGUGAUCGCAGAGACUUUCCCUGAAGAUGCAGGGAUCUUCACAUGCACAGCACGAAAUGAUUUUGGAUCCGUAACCAGCACUGCACAGCUGCUUGUCACCUCAGCCAACACUGAAAACUGUGGCUAUGACUCAAUGGGAGACUCCAACAAUGAUCACUUCCAGCAUUUUCCACCUCCUCCGCCCACUUUGGAGUCAAGUUCCUUUGAGUUGGCUUCAAAGAAACCAGCUGAGCUCCAGCAGGUGAACAGUCCCGAGUUUGGACUUAGCAUGGCAGCCCUUCAAAUGCAGUUCAGUUCUGCUGAGAAUGAAACUAAUGGAGUCCACCCUAGCCAUGUGGUAAAUGGACUGAUUAAUGGCAAAGCUAACACCAAUAAAUCUCUUCAAACACCAGCUGUCCUACUUUCACCCACUAAGGAGCCACCACCUCUGCUUGCCAAGCCCAAACUGGACCCUCUGCAGCUGCAGCAGCUCCAGAACCAGAUACGCCUGGAGCAGGAGGCCUUGCGGGCGCCGCCCUCGCCGCCCUUCCCGCCGCCGCCCGCGUUCCCCGAACUCGCGGCCUGCACCGGGGCCACCUCCCCGGAGCCCAUGAGCGCGCUGGCCUCCCGCUCGGCGGCCGCCUCCAUGCAGUCGUCCGGCUCCUUCAACUACGCGCGCCCCAAGCAGUUCAUCGCGGCGCAGAACCUGGGCUCGGGGUCGGCGCACGGCACGCCCGCCUCCAGCCCCAGCUCGUCCAGCCUGCCCUCGCCGCUGUCGCCCACGCCCAAGCCCUUCGGCCGGGCGCCCCUGCCGCCCUUCGGAGCCGAGCCCGACAGCCCCUGGGGCCCGUCCUCGCCGUCGCCCCCGCCGCCGCCGCCCCCGGCCUUCAGCCCCACCGCGGCCUUCCCGGUGCUCGACGUCUUCCCGCUGCCGCCGCCGCCACCGCCGCUGCCCGGUGCCCACUGCGCCUCGCCCGGCGCCCGCUUCGGGCCCGGCCAGACCCCCGCGGCCUUUCUCAGCUCGCUGCUGCCUUCCCAGUCCCCACCAGUGGCUGUCAACGCCCUGGGCCUGCCCAAGGGCGUCACCCCUGCGGGAUUUCCAAAGAAGGUCAACCGAACUGCCAGAAUAGCUUCUGAUGAGGAGAUUCAAGGCUCCAAGGAUGCUGUUAUUCAGGACCUGGAACGGAAACUUCGCUUCAAGGAGGACCUGCUGAACAAUGGCACUCCGAGGUUAACAUACGAAGAGAGAAUGGCCCGUCGAUUACUAGGAGCUGACAGUGCAAACGUCUUGGCUGUUCCGGAGUCAGAAGAGGAAACAGCCAAUCAGGAAUACAAAGUCUCCAGCUGUGAACAGAGACUCAUCAGUGAGAUCGAGUACAGACUAGAAAGGUCUCCUGUGGAUGAGUCAGGGGAUGAGGUUCAGUAUGGAGAUGCACCCGUGGAAAAUGGCAUCGCCCCAUUCUUUGAGAUGAAGCUGAAACACUACAAGAUCUUUGAGGGAAUGCCUGUAACUUUCAGUUGUCGAGUGACUGGGAAUCCGAAGCCAAAGAUAUAUUGGUUUAAGGAUGGGAAGCAGAUCUCACCCAAGAACGACCACUACAUCAUUCAGAAGGAUCUAGAUGGGACCUGCACGCUGCAUACCACAGCCUCAACCUUGGACGAUGAUGGCAACUACACAGUCAUGGCUGCAAAUCCUCAGGGCCGGGUCAGCUGUACCGGACGACUAAUGGUACAGGCUGUCAACCAAAGAGGUCGCAGUCCACGCUCGCCCUCAGGCCAUCCUCACGCCAGAAGACCUCGUUCUCGAUCAAGGGACAGUACGGAUGAAAAUGAACCCAUUCAGGAGCGAUUCUUCAGACCCCACUUCCUGCAAGCUCCAGGAGACCUCACAGUUCAGGAAGGCAAACUCUGCAGAAUGGACUGCAAAGUCAGUGGAUUACCUACACCAGACCUGAGCUGGCAGUUAGAUGGGAAGCCGGUGAGGCCUGACAGCGCUCACAAGAUGCUGGUGCGUGAAAAUGGGGUGCACUCCCUCAUCAUCGAGCCCGUGCUGUCCCGAGAUGCCGGUAUCUACACCUGCAUCGCCACCAACCGCGCGGGGCAGAACUCCUUCAGUCUGGAGCUGGUGGUUGCAGCUAAAGAAGCACACAAGGCACCCGUGUUCGUGGAGAAGCUGCAGAACACGGGUGUGGCCGACGGGUACCCGGUGCGUCUGGAGUGCCGUGUGAUGGGUGCACCGCCGCCACAGAUCUUCUGGAAGAAAGAAAAUGAAUCCCUGACUCACAGCACUGACCGAGUGAGCAUGCACCAGGAUAAUCAUGGCUACAUCUGCCUGCUCAUUCAGGGAGCCACAAAGGAAGACGCUGGCUGGUACACGGUGUCGGCCAAGAAUGAAGCAGGCAUUGUGUCCUGUACAGCCAGGCUGGACGUCUACACCCAAUGGCAUCAGCAGCCACAAAACACUAAGCCCAAAAAAGUCCGGCCCUCGGCUAGCCGCUAUGCAGCACUUUCGGACCAGGGACUAGACAUCAAAGCAGCUUUCCAACCGGAUGCCAAUGCAUCCCACCUGACCCUGAAUAGUGGCUUGGUGGAAAGUGAGGACCUGUAACCCCACAGUCGUGUGAAAGCUCAAAUGCUGAAACAAGCAGUGCCUUGACCAACUUUUAUUCCUUUGUCACAUUAUGUAAUGAGCAAACACACACUUUUGGCUGUAGGGGGAAGAAAAAUACCCACAUAAUCAUUGCCUUACUUGGGAUUCCAAGCUUAGAAGUGAAGUAGGUGAUUAAAACAAUGUACACACUGCACAGAAAACUCACCAUCAUCCAAUGUACAGCUUUUGGAAUUGCUAUGAUGGAAAAAGGUCUGAAAGGCCAAAAUGCUGUCAAGGAAAGCAGUUGUUUAAAGAUAAGCGCAAUUUUGAUUCUCCCAAGUGCCUCUCAACCAUAGCUCUAGGUGCUGCAUCCCAUGAUGCUGUGGAAUGCAUAACUUGAGUGAUUGCAACCACAAUUAAUACAUAGAUAUCUUUAGUGGCAGCAUGCAGACAGCUACCAUGAACCAAGUGCAAUAUGUCAGGGGGACAUGAAGGUGGAGAUGACAGAGAAAUCCAAGCAAACGUCUUGUCUUUGCAAACUGUGUUCAUCUGAAACCAGAAGGAAUUACUUGCCUUCAAUGUCACACACAUCAAGUUUUCUAACCAGGUUAGUAGUAACUUAGUUCUUGACCUUUUUUAUUUUUACGUGCAGUGAGUGGUCUCUCUUCAUUCUACCUUAGUAGGAAGCUUACUUCCAUCCCACAUUAAAAGGCUAAUUCAAAUAUAAUAUAAAGAACUGAGAAUAAAGCAGUUCUUUUUUUCUCAUCUUACAGUCUAUCCCAGGAAAGGUUUCCAAACCACCCAUAUGACCGAGGCAUAGAAUUGGGAGGAAAGGGAAUUGGUAGGGAAGGGAAUGAAGGAAAUGAACACUGAGAAUACAUUCAUUUAGUUGGGGCAGG